GUUACAUGGAGGAAGGAAGUAAAUACAAGACUGUCCGCCUCGAAUCCCCAAAUUUUCAAUCGAGGGUUUCCCACUCAUACUCUUCUUCAUUCUGCGUCUCCACCCUUUUUAUCUCUCAUAUGAUAUGACGACCUAGGGAGGUUGGAGAUUUGAUUGCUCGGGAGUGUGGUGCUUGUUCUGGAAAUAAGUAUACUAUUUGUACUACAGUGUUUUAGUUAUUUCAGUGAAGGUUUUACUUGGUUGUUUCGAAUAUGAGCCAAAGCCCGUCACGAUCCAGGAGGUUCCGCAGCAGUGAACGUGCAUCUUACCGUGAUGCCCCAUAUCCUAGGGAGCGCCGUGUGAAUAGGAAUGAUUUUCUUUGCAACAAGUGUAAACGACCAGGGCACUUUGCUAGAGAUUGUCCAAAUUUGACUGUCUGCAACAACUGUGGACUUCCUGGCCACAUUGCUGCUGAGUGCAACUCGACUGCUACGUGCUGGAACUGCAAGGAGCCUGGGCAUCUUGCAAACCAAUGCUCUAACGAUCCAGUCUGCCAUAUGUGCGGUAAGAUGGGUCACCUCGCUCGUGAUUGCUCAAACCCAUCUCUUCCAUCCCAUGAUGCAAGGCUCUGCAACAACUGCUACAAGCCAGGCCACAUUGCGGUCGCCUGCACCAACGAGAAAGCCUGCAACAACUGCCGCAAGCCAGGCCACCUUGCACGCGACUGCCCCAACGAGCCCGUCUGCAACAUCUGCAAUAUUUCAGGCCACGUGGCCCGUCACUGCCCCAAGUCAGGCCCGGAAUCAAACAUGGGAGGAGGCCCUUUCCGUGACAUCAUCUGCCGCAACUGUGGGCAGCCAGGGCAUGUCAGCCGCGAGUGUGUGUCCCUCGUCAUCUGCCACAACUGCGGGGGAAGGGGUCACCAGGCUUACGAGUGCCCUUCUGUCCUGAUGCAUGACCGCGGCAUGCGUAGGUACUGAAAGUAGUAGUUCACCACCUAGUCGAUUAUAGUUUAGGGUUCCGUUCUGUAGGAUCUGCUCAGACUCCCAUGGUCAAUUCAAAAAAGUACAAUGCUACUGCAUUGGUUUUUAACUUUUUAUUAUGAAUCUAUUGCAAAUCCUCAAUGGAACAUCUUCAAUUCUAUCU